UAAAACCAAACAUAAAUUACUGAAACCGCGCAGCCCCGAGUAGAUACUAGUAUGUAAAAGGACAAGACAAGUACAUUCCACUCCAUUCAUAUUCGUGAAUUGAAAUGGCAGAGAGUAACCUAAGCAAAAUUCUGUUGAUCGGCGGCACCGGCUACAUCGGAAAGUUCAUAGCGGAAGCCAGCGUCAAAGCCGGCCACCCAACCUUCGUUCUAACCCGGGAGUCAACUCUUACCGAUCCCGCUAAAUCAUCCAUCAUCAACAAAUUCAAUUUUGGAGAUUUAUAUGAUCAUCAAAGUUUGGUGAAGGCGAUAAAACAAGUUGAUGUUGUGAUUUCGACUCUGGCUCGCUCUCACCUCGCUGAUCAAGAUAAAAUUAUUUCUGCUAUCAAAGAAGCAGGAAACGUUAAGAGGUUCUUUCCUUCUGAGUUCGGAAACGAUGUGGACCGGAGUCAUGCGAUUGAACCAGCAAAGAGUGCAUACGCCAUUAAAGCCAGAAUCCGCCGCGCCAUUGAGGCCGAAGGCAUUCCGUACACUUACGUGUUAAACAACUUCUUUGCUGCUUACUUCCUACCUACUUUGUCACAGUUUGGAGCUACAGCUCCACCAAGAGACAAAGUUGUUAUCCUAGGAGAUGGAAUUCGCAAAGCUGUUUUUAACAAGGAAGAGGAUAUUGCUGCUUAUACAAUCAAAGCUGUUGAUGAUCCAAGAACCUUGAACAAAAGUCUGUACAUUCGACCACAAGAUAAUGCAUUGUCUUUUAAUGAUCUGGUAUCACUAUGGGAGAAGAAGAUCGGUAAAACUCUUGAAAGAAUCUAUGUCCCCGAGGAAGAGCUACUCAAGCAAAUUCAAGACUCGUCACCUCCGUUAAAUAUGAUGUUGUCGAUUGCUCAUUGUGUGUAUAUAAAAGGGGAUCAUACAAACUUUGAAAUCGAGGCACCAUUUGGAGUCGAAGCUACAACUCUCUAUCCUGAUGUUAAAUACACGACAGUAGAUGAGUUCCUUAAUCAAUUUGUCUGAGAUGCAAACCCAGAUGUGAUUUUUCCUCGGCGAAAACUGCACUAAAUUGCGGAGAUUUCCUGCAGUUUGAUUGGAGCUGUUUUUCAGGCGGAGAUUUCCUGCAGUUUGAUUAGCACCAUGAUCAUUUUCAGUGAUUGGUUCAGCGUAUGUUAUGUCGGUUUCUGUGCGAAGAAAUUCCUCAACAGUUAAAAUCCUGUUGUAGCAUAGAAACAAGUAUCUUUGUCAUACUGGUUACGUUGAUGCUGUUAAUUCAUAAUUUUUGAAAUUACCUUCUAUUUCUAAGGAGAUCAUUGUUCUUUACAAGAUUAUAAA